UAUUCGUUGUGUAUACUCUAAGCUUUAAAGUUUCUAACUUUUUCCUUAACCUUUCCUUUCUCUGUAUAUUCACCUUUACUCUCUUGUCCUCCUCUCUGUUAGGAGUACUUUUUUUUUGGCUUGAAAUCUAGUAGGGUAUUCACCUCAUAAUUAUAUUUGAGCUGUUGCUUUGUGGGUCAAUCACCUUUUUGUCAAUCCUAUCUUCAUGCAUUAAUAAUGUUGUAUUUUCUUGUUGUAAAAUCUUUAAUUGGGACAUUUUUGGCCUAGAAAAAUCUCUUGUUUAUUGUUCAAGUUUUUCGGGUCUUGAUCUCAGAGUCGGAUCAAGAAUUUAAACUUGAUGAGUUAAACUUUUUAGAUGUUUAGCAGUGAAUUAUUUGUAAUUAUGGGUUCAGAAAUUAGUAUUUAUUGAAAUUUUAUUGAUUAUUUACUACACCUCUACAUUCUUCUCGAAAAUAAUAGAUUCAGUUGAACCGGUAUUAUAUAAGCUCCAUCCUGCCUUUGCUUGAUCUAGGUGUCAUCUUCUUGAGUUUAACCCUUGAAAGAUUUGUUCUUUGCGUUUGUAGCUGAAGUUUUUCGGGUCUUGAUAUUCUUGCCAUUACAAUGCCUCCGACGUAUUUACCUCUUCGAUGGGAGAGUACUGGGGACCAAUGGUGGUAUGCUUCCCCAAUUGAUUGGGCAGCUGCAAAUGGUCACUAUGAUUUGGUGCGCGAGCUUCUUCGCCUAGAUGGCAAUCACCUUAUCAACCUCACUUCACUGCGUAGGAUAAAGCUACUCGAGUCUGUUUGGGAUGAUGAAGAACAAUUCGAUGAUGUGGCUAAAUGCCGGUCACAAGUUGCAAAGAAGUUGCUUCUUGAAUGUGAGAACAAGAAAGGGAAAAACUCCCUCCUUAAAGCUGGAUAUGGUGGAUGGCUUUUGUAUACCGCUGCCUCUGCUGGAGACCUGGAUUUUGUUCGAGAAUCGCUCGAAAAAGACCCCCUUUUAGUCUUUGGAGAAGGAGAGUAUGGUGUCACCGAUAUAUUAUAUGCUGCUGCUAGGAGUAAAAGUUGUGAUGUGUUUAAGGUUUUGUUUGAUUUUGCUGUAUCCCCGAGGUUUAUAGCACGUGGUGGUAGAGGGUUUGAGGAACAAAUUGGGGAGAUUCCGUCUGCUUAUAAGUGGGAGAUGAUGAAUAGAGCUAUUCAUGCGGCUGCUAGAGGAGGCAAUGUGAAGAUGUUGAAGGAGCUUAUUGCUGACUGUUCUGAUGAUAUAUUGGCUUACAGAGACAUUCAAGGUGCAACUCUCUUACAUACGGCUGCUGGCAAAGGCCAGGUCGAGGUUGUUAAAUAUCUCUUAAAAAGUUCUGAUAUUAUCAACUCCAUAGACAAUCAAGGCAAUACAGCAUUACACGUGGCUGCUUCGAGGGGCCAAUUAGCUGUUGUUGAAGCUCUCAUCGUUGCUUCACCUUCAUUGGUCAAUUCAAGAAACAAUGCCGGAGAUACAUUUCUUCAUGUUGCCAUUACUGGUUUCCAAAAUCCUUAUUUCCGUAGAUUGGACCGUCAAAUUGAUCUCAUGAAGCAAUUAGUUUGUGGAAAAUUUUUCGACAUUGAAGAAAUCGUCAACGCUGAAAACAAUGACGGUAGAACUGCUCUUCAUUUAGCUAUCAUUGGAAAUAUACAUUCUGAACUUGUGGAAUUACUUAUGACCGUCCCCUCUAUUAAUAUCAAUACUCGUGAUAAGGAUGGAAUGACACCACUUGAUAUCCUGAAGCAACGGCCACGUUCUGCUUCAUCCGAGCUACUUACAAGACAGUUGAUCUCUGCAGGGGGAAUUUUUAGUCAUCACGAUUAUUCUGCAAGGAUUGUUGUUGCAUCCCAUUUGAAGAUGCUAAACAUAAGUAGCAGUCCCGGAACUUCUUUUAGAAUCUCUGACACUGAAAUAUUCUUAUACACAGGCAUUGAACAUGCACCAGAGGACAGUAAAAAGGCUGAGCUUAGCAAUACAAGUGAGCUGAGUCAUCGAUACAUGAGUCCUGAUAGCUAUUGUUCUCGAAAUGACAAGAAACCUGGUUCGGCAGAUCAUGCAGCUGAAAAGCUGAAACGCUUUUUCCAUUGGCCAAAAAUUAAAAAAAGAGAUACUAAGAAGGUCAAGAUAUUAGUGGAUCAAUGUUCUGCAAGUAAUUCGGACAUGGCACCAGUCCCUCUUCGGGAAAGGUACUCAAAGACUUCAUCAUUCUCAAGUCACAAACGGACGCUCUCUGCUAGUAGUAACGUUCCAAGUCCAACAGCAAAGAAGAAGUUUGCUUCAGGGAUAGUAAACGGUGUCAUGCAAGCCAUACCACAUCUCAGCCUCCCUCGUAGAUCACCUCGUGCUAGUUCAUUCUCGAUUUCAUCAUUGUCUUCACGCAGUUCUUUGGACAAACAAAAAUCAAUCGUGAUUGAGACUGAGCUCGCUGGACCUUCUUGUUCUAAUCAGGUAGACGGUGUAUCAUCAGACUCGACACACAAACAAAGCGCAGGACAUAAAAGAUCGGUGAACCAAUAUUUGUGUUUUGGUGCCUCGGGACAACCUGUUAAGGCGGGUUCAAGUGGGAUGCAGCCGUAUGAACUUUAUGAGCGGUCUGUUCUAUCCACAGCUUGAACAAUGGCACGUACGCAUAGACUUCAAUAAUUUGGCAGGUCAGUGACCUCCCUAUCAGACUUCCCUUGCCGAUUGAAGAAAGCCUUAUAUGGCUUCAAACAAGCGAGAAAGGCCCUUUCCUGAUUAAUUUCCUAGUUGACGCGUUCGGAUGUACUCAUAUAUAUAGCUCAAAAGCUAUUGACAUUUCUCUGAAUUUAGUCUUUUUAUUCCAGAAGAAAAUGUAAAUAUGCUUAAUGUUUGUAGCUGUAACUAAAUGACUUUGUUUAUGUAGCUCUUUGGUUGAAUGUAAUAAGGAACUUUCUGCAACUGGUUGAACAAAUUUCUCUUA